AUGCACUCCGCAUCGCGCCCAAAACGGCGCCCAUGCCCGAACGCGUGCGGUCAGUUCAUCGACUCCAAGGACCACCACCCGGCCUGUGUUAACUGCCUGGGUCUCCAGCAUGCCCGCGAGGCCCUGGAGAACCCACGGGGAUGCAAGGACUGUUCUCGGUUCUCGCUGAGAACACUACAGCAGCGCUUCGAAUGCUUCGGGCUACCACUGGAGCCCCAACCACUCUCGGACCCCCUACUCUCCGAGCUGGUGAUGAGCGAGGACGACGAAGCACAACUGCUUAACUGGUCUGGCGACGAGACAACGGGUCACGGGAGCCUAUUGCCCCCCGCCCCCGAGUCGGUUGCCGAUGUGGAGGAGUGCUCCUUCACAGAAGGAGAGACUAAUAUGGAGUGCGGGGACGGCGAAUCGCUUCUCCCCUUCACCCAAGUCACCCCCCCUGCCUCCGUCGCCACUUCGGUCUGCGAGGAGCCAACUGUCGAACAUCAAACGUCAGCGGGAAAACUAUUCCUGGAAACCUGCCAACGCGCCGCCCAGCGCCUCGGACUCGUGUGGCCACAACCGCCACCGGUCCGGACUAGCAACAGGCUCGACGGUAAUUUCCUGCCCCCGCUCGCACCAGCACCCAAGGCUUCAGUCCCACCGUUUAAGGACUGCCUGGAUGACGUGAGUAGAACUUGGAACAAACCCUACUCCAAUCGAGAGGUUAUCGGUGGUUUCGGUUCUUUUUCUGAGAUGGAGGGAGCGACAGAGAGGGGAUUAUCUGACUGCCCCAAAGUGGAACAGUCCAUAGCAUCUUAUCUAGCCCCCAACUCCAACACGGGUUUGUCAGCCUCUGCACAACUGCCUCACAAACAGCCAAAGUUUUCCUCCCAGCAAUUGGAGAAAACAUUUAAAGUCCUGGGACAGGCUGCGCGCGCUCAGAACACGGUGUCGCUGCUAUUAGCAUACGUGGCCGAGCUACAGGCAGAAGUGGGUGCCGCUAUCAACGAGGACAAGCCGGUGAAGGAACUAUGGACCGAGAUUCGAACGGCAAUGGACUUCGUUAUGAGGACCACACGUUGUUCUAACCAGGCCAUAGGCCGAGCAAUGGGUCUGACGGUGGUAGCCCAGAGACAUCUUUGGCUCAACCUGACGAACAUUCAAGACAAGGACCGUCCCGCGUUCCUGGACGCACCAGUGGACCCGACCGGGUUAUUCGGUUCCGCUGUGCAGGCAAUGCAGUCGCGGUGCGAGUCAAAGAAAAAGGAGAACGAAGCCUUUGGCUACUGUCUUCCCCGCAAACUGGCCCACCCAGUACCCCCCCGAAACCCGGGCGCACAAAACCCUCCUCCUACCCAGCCUACUACUACUGCCGGACCCUCCCGCCAGUGGCACACGGCUAGACGGACCAUACCGUGGCUAAACUCCCCACUACAGACCGCGGGCGCACGAGCAAACACAGUUAUACCCCUGUACAGUCCAGAGCCGCUCACACACCGUAUAGCGACUUGGCACAUACACGUAACGUGUCCUUGGGUUCUGUCUACGAUCGAGCAUGGGUACAAAAUACAAUUUGCGCGAAAGCCCCCGAGCUUUCAGGGGCUAACUCCAUCUGUGGUGAAUACAAAUUCGGUUCGAAUACUGAGAGAGGAGAUAGAAGCUCUACUCCAGCAGAACGCUGUAAAGAUAAUUCCCCCACACGUAGCACGGUCGGGGUUCUACAGCAGGUAUUUCGUUGUACCGAAAAAGGACGGGGGUUCUCGCCCCAUCUUAGAUCUGAGAGCGCUGAACCGUCACAUACGAACAUAUUCCUUCAAAAUGUUGACGCACAAGCAACUCAUUACGUCCAUAAAACCCAGGGACUGGUUCACAAAAUUGGACCUGAAACAGGCGUAUUUUCACGUCAGCAUACACAAACACCACAGACAGUUCCUGAGAUUUUAUUUCGAGGGCAGGGCACUAGAAUUCCAAGUGUUGCCAUUCGGGCUGGCUACUGCACCCCGUCUUUUUACAAAAAUUAUGGAUGCUGCCAUAUCCCCACUGAGAGAAAGAGGCAUGCGAAUUUUCGGGUACAUAGACGAUUAUCUUCUAUGCGCCCCGUCAGCGCAGAUAGCCACGGAACACACACAUCUGUUCCGCAGCCAUCUGGAAUCCCUAGGUUUCCGAAUAAACUAUCAGAAAAGUGUGCUAACCCCAGCUCAAACUGUGCACUUCCUGGGCCUCACACUGGACUCCACCACGUUCCGUGCCAAACUCACGCCACAACGAGUGGAAUCAUUUCACAAGUGUCUCUCCAAUUUCCAACUGGGAAAGAAAGUCAAAUUUCGUAUUUGCCUUCGCCUUCUGGGUCUAAUGGCAUCUAUGAUAGCAGUAGUGCCGCUGGGGCAACUGUAUAUGAGGGACAUGCAGAGAUGGGUGUUCUCGCUCCGUUUGCACCCCGAGCGCAGAGCACACCUCAACCGGCAGAUAACGGUUUCCCUCCCAUGCAUCCGCGCGCUACUGGCGUGGCGGGACCCCGCACUACUGUCACAGGGAGCCCCACUGGGACUCAUCGUGACACGACGUGUGGUGACAACGGAUGCGUCGUUGAGUGGCUGGGGCGCCACUCUGGGGGAUCUGGCUGUGGGUGGUGUUUGGACAGAAAACCAAUGUCAGCUUCACAUCAACGUCCUGGAGCUGACAACAGUGUUCCUAGCGCUAAAGCAUUUCCUGCCUUUGCUGCGCCAUCACCACGUUUUAGUCCGUACGGACAACACAGCAGUAGUGGCAUACAUAAAUCACCAAGGGGGCCUGCGGUCGCUUCGGCUUCACCGCAUAGCUCGCGAUAUUAUACUUUGGGCACACGCUCACUUACAGUCGCUCAGAGCCACUCAUGUUCCGGGCGUGCUGAAUGUGCGUGCAGACAGACUAUCGAGGGCAUGCCUCUCCAAUCAGGAAUGGAGAUUACACCCGCGCGUAAUCGAGCUCGUGUGGAAACGCUUCGGGCGCGCGGAGGUGGAUUUAUUUGCAUCACGAGAGAACACACAUUGCAGACUGUUCUUCUCCAUUCGAGACAGGGAUGCCCCACUGGGAACGGAUGCGCUAUCACACCCGUGGCCGAACACUCUCUUGUAUGCGUUCCCCCCAGUCCAUCUAAUCCCACAUGUACUAGCGAGGGUGAGAGAGGAGAGCCUCUCGCUGGUGCUGAUUGCUCCCUGGUGGACAAACAAGCCCUGGCUAGCGGAGAUCUUUCUCUUACUGGCCGGGCAGCCUUGGCGACUCCCCAACAGCAAAGACCUUCUGUCACAGAUGGGGGGGGAGUUAGUUCACCCGAACCCGUCAGCGUGGAACCUACACGCCUUCCACGUGAAAGGGACACAUUAAGAGCAAUAGGUCUGCCACCGAAUGUUAUUGCAACUAUUCAGAGUGCCAGAGCUCCAUCUACGAGAUCUGUGUACGAUAUGAAGUGGAGGGCGUUUGAGAGAUGGUGUGUUCAGAAGGGCGUUAUCCCCUUUCAGUGUUCUAUCACCCAUGUACUUACGUUCCUUCAGGAAUUAUUCGAGAAGGGACUGGCCUAUUCUACACUUAAGGUCUACCUGUCAGCGAUUUCAGCAUGCCAUGUAGGCUACGACGGUGUAUCUCCGGGAGCGCACCCCCUGUCUAACAGAUUUCUGAAGGGCGCUCGACGCCUUCGACCUGCUGUGCGCUCGACCGUUCCCUCUUGGGACCUCUCCUUGGUGCUGAACGCGCUCUCCCAAGCCCCGUUCGAGCC